GCCUUCAGCUCCUCCAGGACUCCAGACCUUCAGCUCCUCCAGGACUCCAGACCUCCAGCUCCUCCAGGACUCCAGGCCUUCAGCUCCUCCAUGACCCCCCCAGCAGCAGCACAGAGGUAGGAGCGCCGUCAAGCCUCAGAGUCCACCGUGGGAAUUCCUGGAAUUUCCUGGAACGCCCAGGGUGGGACUCGGACACGCUGUCAGUUCUUCCUGUUUGUUUGUUGCCGCUGACGACCCUCACUUCCUGUUCCAGAAGCAGAAAGUCACACUGAGAGAUUUAUUUACUCCAGAAUCACCAGCUUCCUUCUCUAAGGUCUGUAAAUGUCCCACAGCUGAACUCCUCCUCCACAGACCCCCAGCUGCCCCCCUGAGCCGGGUCAUGCUUUAGCUGCCUGACAGCCAGUCAAAAUGAUGGCCUCGGUGGUUGUAGGGGGCAACCGGAAGAAGUCCCUCACACUGAGAGGGGUGGACCCGGAGACCUGCAUGAUGGUGUUUAAGAACCACUGGGUCCAGGUGGUGAAGAUUCUGGAGAAACACGAGCCGGGCCGCAGCUCCUCCAGAGCUCUGAGUUUCCUCUCGGGUCACCACAGCAGCAGCGGCUCCGGCCCGGUCCGGCUCGGUCCGAUCCCGGCAGACGAGGCCAGCGCCGUGCAGAACUACGUGGAGCACAUGCUGUUCCUGCUGAUGGAGGAGGAGGCGGGUCGAGGUGGAUCCAUGGGGCCCAUCCUGGAGUUUGUGGUCCUGGAGGGCGUGAUGGAGAGGCUGUUCCUGUGGAGCCUGAGGAGGCAGUUCACCGAGGACAUGAAGCUGGAGCAGCUCAGGAUGUACCAGAUGCUCCUGUCUCAGGCCAAACAGCCCCUGCUGCACCACAAGCCCGUCCUGCGGCCCCUCAUGAUGCUGCUCACCUCGUGUGCUGGAGCUGCAGCCGCAGACGGCGGCGGUGUUGUGGAGGCGGAGCUGGUCCAGCUCCUGAACCAGGUCUGCGUGGCUCUGGUCAAGGAUCCGUCGGUCCUGGAGCUGUUCUUCCACACCAGUCAGGACCAGGGAGCCGCCAACUUCCUGCUCUUCUCCCUGCUCAUCCCGUACACGCACAGGCAGGGUUUGGUGGGCCAACAGGCCCGGGACGCUCUGCUGCUCAUCAUGUCUCUGUCGGCCUCCGAGCCUCGAGUGGCUCAGCACAUCGCUGACAACACCUACUUCUGUCCGGUUCUGGCCACAGGUCUGUCCGGUCUGUACUCGUCUCUUCCAGCCAAGCUGCAGGUUUACAGUGAAGACUGGCACUGUCUGGAGCUGGCGGACUGGCAGCAGGUUCCAGCUCUCGUCCAUUUCCUGCACUCUCUGGACUUCUGUGGUGCCGUUAUAAAGGUUGCUCAUCCCUCCAUCCGCUCCCAGUUACUGAGUUACAUCUACAACGGCUUCCUGGUUCCUGUUCUCGCUCCUGCUCUGCACAAGCUGACAGUAGAGGAGGUGAUGACCACCACCGCCUACCUGGAUCUGUUCCUGCGCUCCGUCUCUGAGCCCGCUCUCCUCCACACCUUCCUGUCCUUCAUCCUGAUGCACCGGCAUGACAGCGUGCACAUCCUGGACACACUGGUCAGCCGGGUCAACACACCGUUCCAGCUGGGCACGGUAUCCCUGGCUCUGUUCAGGACUCUUAUCGGUCUCUUCUGUGAAGACGUCAUGUUGCAGCUGGUGUUCAGGUAUCUGAUUCCCUGCAGCCACCUGAGCAGGAAGCAACGCCGCUCCUUAAAACAGAGGGACUGUUACUCCUCCAGCGCCGCCUCCUUCCUGCUCCUCAUGCCCUCCUGGUGCCCAGUUUACCUCCACAACACAAGCACACACUCAGAGCACAUCCACUGGCCCAAAGGAGCAGAUCUGUCAGUAUCAGACAGCGUUGGUUACUGUCGGGGUUUGGACUUCCUCAUGGACGUUAACUACUUCCAGUACCUCCUGGACGCCCGCCAGGCCAUCAUCACCUCACACAGAGCUUGCCGGUUCUGGUCGGCUCCUUACGAUGGCAUCAACCCCCCUCAGGAGAGUCGCUCGGACACGCCGGGGGACGACAUGGAGGAUGAAGAAGAGCUCAUAGAAAGACUGAAGAGGGACUCGGUCUGCUCGUUGGUUAUAUUUCCUCCCCUGUCAGCUCUCUCCCCAACACUGUCCUCCUCAGACACCAUCUCCACGAGCAACCAGGCAGGACGGAUCAGCUCUGCCAUGGAGCUGGAGUGGGACGACAUCUUUGGCGACGAGGAAACAUCCUCGCCUGCCGUCUUUAACGUAGUGAACGGCUGCGUGGAAACAGACGGGGGCACUUUUUCACCUGCGCCUCCACAGCUUCCUCCUCAGUACAUCCAGGAAAUGCGGCGUACUGCGACCAGGCUGGUGCAUGGUUCGUACGUGGAGGAGUCAGAGUUUCAGGACGAUGUCAUGGUCUAUGAUCUUGUUGCUCAAAAAGACGCAAAAGCGGUCACAUUUGAGCGGAUCAAGGCGGCAAAUCGACAGUUUCGCGAAAGCAGAGGCCAACAAGUUUCAGCAAUGCUAACAGCGACGGGACGGACGGUGAUGGAAACGGUCAACAGCAUCAUGUCGUCCCGGAGGAGGAGCGAGGACGGAGGAAAGGAGGAGAGAAGGAAGAGUGAAGAUUGUAAGGAAGGAAGAAGGAGAAGUGAGGGAUUUGGGAAGGAUUUGGGGAGAACGCAGGAGGAAGGAGAAGAAACAACUGAACACAUCGUCACAAACGGCUUUGAUGGAAAGAAUCACAUCAUGGGCAAACGUGAUGAUAUCGAUGACGAAACUGAGCCGUUUAGGCAGGAUUACAAUCAAAAUGAAGUCACGACUUGCAUCAGUUUUAAACAGAUACAUCCCAACAUGCCUCACAUUCCAUGUUUAGAGAUAAACUCUUUACCAAAUGGACAUGUGGAACCUGAAUCACGGGGAAUUUGUGCACCCGCAACAGAUGCCCAGCUCAAAGUUCUGCCUGAUAAUAUCACAAACAACAACUUUGUGUCACAAUACUGCGAACUCAUGCUCUCGUUGGGGGUGGAGCCUGACUGUGAUGACAUCACAGAUGACGUCAGCACAUUCAGGGGGCGUGUCCGAGCGCUGAGGCAAAAACUGAAAAAGGAGGAGGAGCUUAUGGCUGAUUUUGGUUAUGGCUCCUCAUGGGACGACACGGAGGAGGAAGGAGAGGAAGAGGAAGAUGAGAAGAACAGCUCUGAGAGAGAGAGCAAGAGAGAGGAAGUUCCUUUUACAGGUCCCUUCAUCAGCGUCCUGUUAUCUCGACUGGAGAACCUUCUGGAGAACUCCAUCGCUGUUAACUUGCUGGUGACGGGCAUCCUCGCUCAGCUGGUGUCGUACCCUCAACCUCUGCUGAGAUCCUUCCUGCUCGGCACAGACACAAGCACCCAGCCGAGCGUACCAACAUUACACCAGGUUCUGGUCUCGGUGCACGCUCAGAUCGAGCGCUACGUGGCCGACAGACCAGACUACCCGUCCCUGAUCACUCGGGCCUGGAGGUUCUUGUUGGCUAAAGACCAAGAUGGAAAAUUCAGAGAGUCCCUGCAGUCUCACGGCGGGGACAUCAUCCUGGACCCGUCCGUACCCAACGGCUUCGUGAAACACGCCCUGCCUCUGCCUCCUCUCAGCGUCUCGCCCCCCUGCCCCCCGAUCCCCCCUCAGGCCGAGAGCCGUGUGUUCGCCAUCGUUCUGUUUGCAGAGUUCCUGAAGGAGCUGGCCGCCCUGGCUCAGGAGCACAGCAUCGCACCGGACUCUGGACCAGAACCAUAAAACAGAACAAAGUAUUUCUGUCACAUGUGAAGAAUUUAUUACAUGAAAACGUUUCAUCUUUAUUCCUGACAACACUUGAAACUUUUCCCAGGUGAUUUUAUUUAUAAAAUAUCUUGAAGUAUGUAAAGUUUUUUAUCGAUCUGUGGGCUGUGUGCAAACAAGUUUUUAGAUUUUCCUAAAUCUUUGCACUGAUUUGUUGUAAACGUGUUUUUAUUUUUUCAUAUUUGAUUCCGACCGGUCUUCCUGCAGAUGCAGACGCCUCUGACUCUGAGUCUAAACUAACCUUAAACCCACUGAAGUGACUUUAAAUUAAAUCAGAACAAAAGAUUUUAAAGUGUCAACACGAACAAUGAUGUAAUAAUCUGUACAUCUGUAAAUAAAGUGUGAAUAAAUAUUUA